GACGCCCGGGGCGUGGCUGCGUCGGGGGCGGGCCCAGGAUCGGCUCUGCCCUCUGAGGCCGGAACGCGGGAGUACGGGGCUGCACGCCAAGCCGGACCUCUCCCUGGACACCGCGGGCCGGACCGCCAAGUUGCGCGCUCCCGGAAGCUGCCUACCGGUCCGCGAAGGAAAAAUAAAACCCAAACUAUGGCCGUUGCGGCAUUACUAUCUGCUGCUCGGGCUCUGCGUCCGCCAAGUGGGCUUCCUGGAACUUGGACGCAGAUCAGGGACACCCACCAGCGAGCUUCACUGUUCUCCUUCUGGGAACUCAUUCCCCUGAGAGGAGAACCUCUACGAAAGAAGAAGAAGGUAGAUCCUAAAAAAGAUCAAGCAGCAAAGGAACGUUUGAAAAAGAAGAUCCGAAAACUGGAAAAGGGUGGCCAAGAGUUAAUUCCCAUUGAAGAUUUUAUUACCCCUGUGCGGUUCUUGGAUAAAUCAAGACAGCGGCCUCACGUGGCACUCCCCUUUGAGGAGAGUGAGCGGAGAGCUCUGCUUCUGAAGAGGUGGUCACUGUAUAAGCAGCAAGAGCAUGCAAUGGAGAGGAACGCCAUCAAGUCCAUGCUGGAGACACAGCAGGAAGCUCUCCAAGAACUGAGACUCGAGUCCCCAGAGCUCUACACCGAGGCCAUCAAACGGGACUCCAGCCUAUUUCCCUUUGAGAAGGAAGGGCCACAUUACACUCCACCAAUCUCUAGUUACCAGCCCCCUGAAGGCAGGUACAAUGACAUCACCAAGGUGUACGCACAGCAAGAAUUCAAGAAAUAGAGAUGAAGGCAGCUGUCCUCAGAACGUACUGCCCUUAGGAGUCAGAAUGACCAGGGCUGAAGUCUGCUUUUCACAAGAUAAAGCAUGCUGGUAAUGAAUAAAAGUAUAACCAAAAGUGUCUCUUUGUCUUGUGUUGCAAUCAAAAUUAAUUUACCCAAGGAUGGAUGGGGGUAAGAAAUGCUGCCCCUCUGCCAGGUCCUGGGAAAUAAAUGACAAAGACAUCAACCCCCUACUCUACUGGGAAACAAUACGGGUAAAAAGGAAGGUUCCAAUUGUGAAGUGAGAAAACCAUUUGUAGGAGGCACAAAGUAACACAGAAGUGGAGGUGAAAGGUGUGCAGGAUUUUGCAAGCUGGGAAGGUAUUGGCCAGGAGAAGCAACCUUCCCAGUGCAGACAGAUGGGAGAGCUACUCAGAGAGGUCUUAGAGAGUUGAGCAAGCCAGGGACACACUAGUUAAAGCUGCUUUGUAUCCCAGGAGUAUGUGAAGCCUGGUUGAAGUAGAGGGCUCACAGUGUUUUAUUUGCUGCUAUUAAUGGUAAAUGUUUUAGUCUGCUCAGGCUACCAUAAAAAAGACUAUAGGGUGGGUGCCUUAAACAGAAAUUGAUUUUCUAGAGCUACCAAAAUCGAGUUAUUGGCAAGUUUGAUUUCUUCUAAGACCUCGCUCCUCUCCUUGUUUUUUAUUUUUUGUUGUUUUGUGAUACUAGGGCUUAUACCUCAGGGCCUACACCUUGAGCCAC